AUGGCGGAACAGCGCUUCCUGGUUGAGUACGCCAAGCGCGGCACGGCCGGUUGCAAGAAGUGCAAGGACAAGAUCGCUAAGGGCGUCACACGCAUCGGCAAGGUAGUACCCAACCCUUUCAGCGAGUCAGCCGGUGAGAUGAAGGAAUGGUACCACGUCAAGUGCAUGUUCGAGAAGCUGGAGCGUGCCCGCGCCACCACCAAGAAAAUUGAGGACAUCACUGACCUGGAGGGUUGGGAAGAGCUGCAGGAUGAGGAUAAGGAACUCAUCAAUAAACAUGUAUCAGACCUGAUGGCUAAAGUGAACACGAGUCCCAAAAAGAAGACGCCGGCCAAGGCGAACACAGCAGGCAAGCUGACGCCACCCCCUGCCACGUCAAUCAACGCACCACGCAAGUUCUCUGGCUUCACCGCUGCCAAGGCAGGCGCGUCCUCAUCCUCAUCCUCGCCUCUCUCGUCACCCUCGCCCGCCAAGGCCAACCAGGGCAGCUCUCUGGCCACGCAACUCUGCGACCCGCAGCACAAAGACUGCCUGUUCAGGGAGUUCCGCAAGCUGUGCGCCAUGGUGGCUGACGUCAACAGCUACAACAGCAAGACGCAGAUCAUAGAAAAGUUUCUGCGCAAGGGCACCGGUGGAGAUAAAUUCCACGGUGACUUGUACCUGACGGUGAAGUUGUUGCUGCCCGGUGUGGUGAAGAGCGUAUACAACCUCAACGAUAAGCAGAUCGUCAAACUCUUCAGUCGUAUUUUCCGAAGCAACCAAGAUGACAUGGUGCGAGACCUGGAGAAGGGAGAUGUGUCGGAGACUGUUCGCAUGUUCUUUGAGGAAAGCAAAUCCUUCCCGCCGGCGGCCAAGAGCCUGCUGACUAUCCAGGAGGUAGAUGCCUCACUGAGCCGCCUCGCGCUGCUCACUAAGGAGGACGAGCAGCAGGCCGAGCUAGAGCAAAUCGCCAAAAAGUGCACCAGCAAUGACUUGAAGGGCAUCAUCCGCCUCAUCAAGCAUGACCUCAAGAUGAAUGCCGGAGCCAAGCACGUGCUGGAUGCGGUGGAUCCCAACGCCUACGACGCCUUCAAAGCAUCCCGUAACCUGGGCGAUGUCAUCGAGCGCGUGCUGAGAAACCAGCAGGAGGCGUCAAACGGCUCGGGGCCUAGAAAGCUGCUCACCGUGGAGGCUACACUCAUGACGCCCGUGCAGCCAAUGCUGGCGGAGGCGUGCAAAUCCGUCGAGCAAGCCAUGAAGAAGUGUCCCAACGGCAUGUACUCGGAGAUCAAGUACGACGGCGAGCGCGUGCAGGUGCACAAGAGUGGCGACAGUUUCAGCUACUUCAGCCGCAGCCUCAAACCUGUGUUGCCGCACAAAGUGGCCCAUUUUAAGGAGUACAUCCCGCAGGCGUUCCCCGGCGGUCACAGUAUGAUUCUGGACGCUGAGGUGCUUCUCAUCGACACUAACACUAGCAAGCCGCUCCCCUUUGGAACACUGGGCGUGCACAAGAAAGCCGCUUUUCAAGACGCCAAUGUGUGCCUCUUUGUCUUUGACUGCAUAUACUUCAAUGGCAACAGCCUCAUGGAGAGGCCGCUGUGCGAGCGUAGGAAGUUCCUGCACGACAACAUGGUGGAAGUGCCCAAUCGCAUCCUGUUCUCAGAGAUGAAACACGUCACGCGUGCGAGAGACCUGGCUGACAUGAUCACUCGAGUCAUCAGAGAGGGUUUGGAAGGCCUGGUGCUCAAAGACAUAAAGGGCUCGUAUGAACCAGGCAAACGUCACUGGCUGAAGGUGAAAAAGGACUACUUGAAUGAGGGCGCCAUGGCUGACACGGCUGACCUGGUGGUGCUGGGCGCAUUCUACGGGAAAGGCUCCAACGGAGGCAUCAUGUCAAGCUUCCUGAUGGGCUGCUAUGACCCGGACACGAAAAAGUGGUGCACGGUCACAAAGUGCUCGGGAGGCUAUGACGACGCCAUGUUGGCGCGCCUCCAGAAAGAGCUGGACGUCAUCAAAAUCAGCAAGGACCCUAGUAAAAUCCCUGGCUGGCUGAAAAUAGUCAAGAACUACUACCCGGAUUUCAUCAUCCGCAGCCCUGAGCACGCACCCGUGUGGGAGAUCACCGGCGCCGAAUUCUCCAAGUCAGAGAUGCACACAGCGGACGGCAUCUCCAUCCGUUUCCCUCGUAUGACGCGCAUCCGCGACGACAAAGACUGGAAAAGCGCCACCAACCUUCACCAGCUUAAAGAGCUGUAUCGCAUCUCCAAGGAGAACUGCGACUUCCAAGUGACGGCGGGACCGUCUGGCGAAGACAAGGGCUCGUCAGGAGGUGACAGUGGAGGGAACUCGCCCGCCCCGCCGUCAUCAUCUACAUCGCGGGAAAGCAAAAAGACAAGUAACGGUGCCCCGGCCAAACGCAAGGCGGUGAAAUCGGAGCCAAGCUCGCCCGCUCUGCAAUCUCCCGCUCCCAAGAAGGUGAGAAAGAGCGAAAGUGUGCAGAGCAACGGCCACGCCAAGACAGCGACGCCAGCGCCUCUUCGUCCUCCGCAGAUGCUGGAGUCUAAAAAUGACGAGACACUGCUGGACAUCUUCAGCGGCAUCAAACUCUUCCUGUCGCGUGACGUGGAAGACUUCGCCAAGCUGCGUCGCUACUUUGUGGCGUACGACGGUGACCUAGUCGGUGACUACGACGGCGCCUCGGCCACUCACGCCAUAGGUGCCGCCGAUGAUGAUGAUGAAGAGGGGGACAGAGGCCGGGCCCAGCGGGUGUCGCCCAGCUGGAUCUGGGAGUGCAUCCGCAAAAGGCGGGUGGUGGCUCCCUGCUAG